AUGCCACUAGUAAACGCCAUCCAUGAGUCCCUCCCCUACGUCGACACAGAGCCCACCGCCGCCGAACGAGCAGCAGCGGAAUCCCUCAUCGCCGCCGAGCUAGGAACACAAGACACACAAUCCCACCCCUCCCUACCCCCGCUGGCAGACAAGCAGUUCUCCGCCAUCAUCGAAGCAGAAUUCCCGCGCAUCGAAGCCAAAGAGCCCUUAAAAGCCAUCGACCUCUCCCGCUACGAGGCCCUCGAGCCACCGCCCACGACUCCCUCUUCCGACGAGAAGGAUCCCGCAACGCUAGAUAAAUGGCGCGAGGCGUUGGGGAAAGCAUACACGUCCCAGGCGUAUCUCUCGGGUAGACAGACGAACCUCGCGCUGCUGGAGCAGUUUGGGAAGAAUUCGUGGCUGGUGGGGAAUUCGCAAUUGGAGGAUGUGUUGAGGGCCCAGGAAAGGGAGUUGGCGGAGCGGAAGGUGGAGAUUGACGGGGUGGUUAUUGAGAGGAAGACUGCGCAGGAGGCUGUGGGUGCGGAGAUUAGGGGGUUGGAGGAGACGUGGAAGAGGGGGGUAGGGAGGGUGCUGGAGACCGAGGUUGCGGCCGAGCAGCUGAGGAGGGAUAUCUUGGAGAGGAGGAGGCAGGGCGCGAGCUGA